AUGUCUGAAGAAAAUUCAACUUCUAACCAAUCUUCAGAAGCAAAUAACAAAGCAGAGCGUAGAAAAUUAAAGAUAUUAGCGUUCCAUGGCUAUAUACAGAAUGCUACGGUAUUUAAAGGAAAAAUUGGUUCAUUUAGAAAAGCUGUUUCGAAAUUAGCUCAAUUGGUGUUCUUAUCUGCACCCCACAAAGUUUUUUCUGACGAUGGGACUGGAGAUGAAGAUGCCAGGUCUUGGUGGUUCAAUGCUGAAGAUAACACUUACAGUGGAAAGUGUUUAGGUGGACCGGCUUUAGGCUUUGAAGAUUCUUUAAGAAUUAUAGAAGAAGUGGUCAAAGAUCAUGGUCCAUUUGAUGGAUUUAUGGGUUUCUCUCAGGGAGCUUGCCUAGUGGGCUUACUUGCAGCAAUGCAGCAGAAAGGAUACCUGCCCUAUACAUUUAAGUUUGCAAUAUUUGCAUCUGGAUUUCGAUCUGGUAGCUUAGUGCAUAAAGGUUUCUAUGAUGAAGACAUAGAUUUACCUUCUCUGCAUGUUUAUGGGGAAAGCGACUCGAUUAUACCAAAAGAAAUGAGUGAAUCACUGAUAAAUCUCUUUGUUAGACCAAUUGUUGCUGAACAUUCUGGUGGACAUUAUGUUGCAUGUUCUGGGUCUAUAAAGGAUGCAUAUUUAGAUUUCUUACAUGAUAGAUACCAAGAUAUUAUAGGAAACGAAGAACAGGAGAAGAGAUAA